CUGAUUCUUCAUAAUUGCACAAACAAAAGUAAACUACUCACUUCAGCUUAAUCUGCAAGUUGCGUGUUGAUAAAUUUAUCCAAAUUUUAAAGAUGGGGAAGAAAAAGCAGAAGGAUCAAGAAAAGGUAACGAAAAAUUAUAAAUUUACUAAAUCUGACAAUAUUGAUAAUUCCGAUGAUUCAACGCCAAAGAUUAUACUAAAUGCCAAUAUGGAAAAAAAAUUGAUUACGAUGAUACUUGAUUGGAAAAAGAGUAAAAAACUUGUAAAAGACGUCAGUGAAAGAAUGACAACAAAAAGACUGACGGAUGUAUAUACUUGUUUGGCGCGUGCCGGGUUCAAACACAACCAGAUAGAGUCUGCUAUGAGGAGCACACUGAUAUACGGCGGUGAUCUUGUUGAUUCCCUGGACUGGCUCUGUCUCAAUAUUGCAAAUGACGAUCUUCCUUCAGAAUUUUCCGAAGCGUUAAAAAGAGAAGAAAUAAAGAGGCGACCAGGAUUUAAAGAAGAGCAGGUAGAUAAAUCGCAAAUUUCUUCUGGUUAUCAAGUAGUUGAAAAACCUGUCCAAAAGACAAGUGAGAAUAAGGACAGCCGUUUGCCUGAGGGAGAAGGUGGAAAAAAAGACUGGGUGAAAAACUGGAUUAUGCAGUAUGCCGAAGAAGAAUCUGACAGUGAUUUAGAAGAAAACGCUGCACCGAUAGAUCCAAAUAUAAAAUACAAAGCUUUAAGUUCUUCUUUAGAUUCUACAAUAGUACUCGCUGAACAAGCGAAGAAAUCUGGAAACAAAGAAAAGCAGAGAGAAUACUCAAAAAAGAUCCGGCAAAUGCGGCUAGAUAUGGACGAAUUAGCUACCCAUCCAGGCUUUGAUCGUAAACUUGCUGGAAUUUCUCUUUUAGCACCCGCCAAACCUGAACCUAAACCUUCCAAAGUACAACCUCCGAGUUUGACCAUAUCAAAUGCUAGUUCAGGUGCUGGAACUAAUAAAGCUUUGUCUAAGGCUAGCUGCAACUCAGAUGUAUCAAAAAGCACACCAGUAACAGCAAAGUCAAAAUCCGCCAAGAAAGCUAGUGAUGAAGAUCUUGCUCUUGAUAUGUUAGAGAAUAUGGCAAUUGGUGAUGCAUCAAAACCUUUGCCUGAGAAAAAGAAAGGAGAAUCACCUAUAGUUAGCCGUAGUUUUGAGUACACAAAACAACAAUGGACUGGGAAAUCACCUAAACAAUUCCUUAAUGACUGGACUCGGAAAAACCUCCCUAAAAGUGACUUAGCCCAUUAUGAAAGAGUCCAUGUGAAAAACUUUUACAAAUGCAAAUCUUCCAUUACCAAGAAAGAUGGUUCGCUACUUACUGUUAUACCAGAUAUUCUUUGCCCCUCUGUAAAAGAAGCUGAACAUGUUGGCUCUACUCUAUUACUCUAUAAUCUCUGCAGAGGACAACCAAUCUAUCAGUUACUUCCACCUCCUUAUCGAGAUUUAUGGCUAGAAUGGAUGGAAGCAGAAAGAAUUAGUAAACAGAGAGCUCAAGAAAUUAAUAACAAACCCAGAGAUACCCUUGUUGCAAAAUUGCUGAAAGAACUCAAGUUAGCCCCAACGCUCUCCAAAUCUAAAGCUGAAAAACCUUCAGAUGAGCAUAACAGUGAUGACAGUGUAUGUGAUGACUGGUUCUUAGCAGAUGUGGAUGAUUCUGAAGAAAUUGAAGAAAAAUCCAAAGAGAAAAAAACUGUUUGGAAGCCUAGGGUUAAUGAAAUUAAAGGCAAAUUUUUGAAAAAGAUAAACAGUAAGAAAUAUAAUGAAUAUUUAAAUCAACGGCAAUCACUACCUGUAUUUGCAUAUAGAGAAGACAUACUUGCUCAAAUUGAUCGCAGCAAAGUUGUUGUGAUUGCUGGAGAAACUGGUAGUGGAAAAAGCACACAAAUUCCCCAUUUCCUACUUAAAGAUAGAAUUUUGUGUGGAGAAACCUGUAAUAUCAUUUGUACUCAACCACGUCGAAUCUCUGCUGUGAGUCUUGCAAACAGGGUUUCUCAAGAGCUAGGAGACGACCUGCCUGGUUCACCAAACUCCUUUUGUGGUUAUAAAAUCCGAUUUGAGUCUAAAUGCUGUCCUACAACUUGUUUAACUUAUUGUACUACAGGUGUUGUGCUGCGUCAGUUACAUUCUGAUCCUAGUUUUAAAAAUGUCACCCACGUCUUAGUUGAUGAAGUACAUGAAAGAACAGUGCAAUCAGACUUUCUUUUGAUUAUUCUGAAAAGACUUCUUGAGUCACGUGAUGACAUUAAAGUGAUAUUAAUGAGUGCAACUAUUGACUGUAACCGCCUCUCUGAUUACUUCAACCAUUGUCCUAUCAUUAAAAUUCCAGGCCGAACAUUUCCUGUUGAUGUUUUCUAUUUAGAAGACAUCAUAGAAAUGAACAAUUAUGUCUUGGAAGAAGAUUCUCCUUAUUGCAUCCCAGCAGCAAUGCUCCGUGAUGAGCAGAAAACAAGUGUUGAAAUCACUGGCACUGGAGGAACUAAGCAGAAAACAGAUCUGUAUUGGUCAAAGGAAGAUAUCAUUGAUGCAAGUGGACUUGACAGAGACAAAUAUAGCAAACAUACUCGACUAACUGUUACUAGAAUGAAACCUUACAAAAUUAAUUUGGAUCUAAUUCUUCAUUUACUUAACUACAUAGAUGAACAUGGGGAAAUUACUGAUGGUGCCAUUCUGAUAUUUCUUCCAGGAUUAGCAAAUAUACAAGAGCUCUAUGAAUUGCUCCAAAGUGAUCGCAAAUUUGCUAAUCCCCGACGAUUUAAAGUGCUUGCUCUACAUUCUGUUUUGUCAUCUGAAGACCAAAGCACUGCAUUUCUGUCUCCACCUAAGGGAAUUCGAAAAAUUGUGCUGUCUACAAACAUUGCUGAAACUGGCGUUACUAUUCCAGAUGUAGUGUAUGUAAUUGAUGCUGGUAAAGUAAAAGAGAAUCGAUACGUUGAAUCAAGUCGAAUGAAUGCUCUAGAAGAAGUUUUUGUUAGUAAAGCUAGUGCUAAACAACGGUCCGGUCGUGCUGGGCGAGUACGCAAUGGCAUUUGCUAUCGACUUUAUACCAAAGAUAAUUAUAUGAAAUUUCGUGAGUUUACUGUUCCUGAGCUUCUUCGAGUUGCUCUCGAAGAGCUCUGUUUACAUAUCAUGAAAUGUAACCUAGGCAAACCAGAGGAAUUUCUCCAGCUUGCACUUGAUCCACCUCAGCUACAAUCUAUCUCUAGAGCAAUGAUGAUUCUUGAAGAGGUUGGGGCUUGUGAAGGAGAAGUGUUAACACCACUUGGAUAUCAUUUAGCAGCACUUCCUGUACAUGUUUCCAUUGGUAAAAUGCUUAUUUUUGGAGCAAUGUUUGGUUGUCUUGAACCUGCAGCAGUCAUUGCUGCUGCAGUAAGUGGAAAAUCUCCAUUUGUAGUUCCACUUGAAAAAAGGUCGGAAGCUAAUAUGGCUAAGCAGAAUUUAUCAACAGCUUGCUCUGAUCAUCUCACUAUUUAUAAUGCUUAUUCUCGAUGGAAAACUGCCCGCAAAGGUGGGUUUCAGGCAGAAAAUGCAUUCUGCAUGCAGAACUAUCUAAAAAGAAAAUCUCUUAUUGAAAUUGAAAAUGUAAAGACAGAUCUUAUAAAGCUUAUCAAAUCUAUUGGAUUCUUAAGUCGACAGGAUGAGAAACUACUGACAGAUCCAGAUUCUGUUGAUGGAGUUCAUUUAAAUCCAAAAUCAUGUGCUGUUAUUAAGGCAGUCAUUCUUGCUGGAUUAUAUCCAAAUGUGGCAAAAGUUUGUUCAGAGAAAGAUCCGGAUGGUACAAGUCGGAUAUGUGGUGCUGAGACACCUCAAGGACAUGCAUUUAUCCAUCCUAGCUCAGUCAAUCGAACACUACAGGCACAAGGCUAUAUGCUAUAUCAAGAGAAAACCAAGCAAUCACAGGUAUAUCUUCGAGACUGCACAUUGGUCUCUCCAUUUCCCUUAUUGCUUUUUGGUCACAAUGUAGUUGUACAACAUAUUCAGCAAACUGUAAGCGUUGACAAAUGGAUUAUAUUUAAGUCACGAGCUCGGACUGCUGUCAUCUUCAAAGAACUUCGUAACCUAUUGAAUGAACUUUUAAAGCAAAAAUUAGAUGACCCCAAAGCUGAUUUCUAUCAAGAUAAAUCAAUAUUGUCAGUUAUUGAUUUAUUACAAGCAGAUAUUUGCUAAACAAUAGUUCCCAGUUGCAUACUUUAAAUAUUUAGGAAUAUUUAUUUAUAAGUAUGUUUUUUUUUUCUCAUAACAUAUAAAAGGAAAUUUUAAAUGAGAUCUUAAACUGCUUUGUUAAAAUAGAUUCUUUUGUUAUCUCUUCUGAUUUACUUUCAUUACUUAAUCAUAGAAUACAAAAGUAAUUUGCUAAAAGAAUAAGGUAACCAUCUUACAAAUUGGAAAAUGAACUUAUAGUGAACCACAUUUGAAAAUUGAGUUGUUUCUUGAUAUAUUUUUAUUUUUUUUAUUUUUAAUUCUAAUUGCUGUUCUGAAAUGAUUCCAUGGGAGAUUAGUGAGAUGUAUUCAGGUAUUGUUAAUAUUCAGAAGUGAAACUAACUUCAUUACUUCUUUGGUGUCUGAUAAAUUAAGGAGCUACAACUUAUUAGGGAUCUUGUGCUAACAUUAAAAAAAAAACCAAUGUUUUCUAGUCAAAAUAUUUUGGUGAGAGACAGGGCCAGGAAAUAUAUUAGAGAGGAGAUUCACAGAGUUGAGAGUACAUUGUUUCCUUCAGUCAGCAUGUGUCAGAAGAUUAUUAGUAAAUACAAAACUUUUCCUAAGUGAAGUAUGAUUAAUCUAUUGAAAUAGAAUGGACCAGCCUAUAUACAAAAACCAGUACUUUAAAAUAUAUUUGUAGGUGUUUGUGUCUUGUAUGUUAUUGAUAACCAAUGAUAAAAGUGUUGAAGAGAAAACUUAAAGAACAAACAAAUCCUGCCUAGUUUCAGUAUUGUAAGGAUCAAGACAUGGUUGUGAGGAAAACUUAUCAGUUUAUUUAUCAAAAGUAUUGUUAAAUUUUAAAAAACUAUUGACUUGUAAAUGGACUAUUGUACAUUACAAUUGAAUAAGGAAUUUUAAGGCCAAUACCAUUACAUUCUGCUUCACAGCAAGACAAAAGCAGCAUCAAUGGCAGAGAUAUUCUAGAUUCAAUCACUUUUUUAAUCGUUUACAUUGGAGCUUUUUUAAUUGUUAGAAAUUCUCCUUAUGUCUCUUUUCUCUUAAGUUACCAAUUCAGACAUUCACUGUUACUUGAUAACUAUUUCUGCUAUGACUUCAAUGAAAAACUAUUGAAUAAUACUUUCAUGUCUCUCUCAUCACUUGUAUAAAUUCAUUAAAGUCUUGUAUACAAUUCAACUACUAACUGUAGCUGAUGUCUGUGGUAUUGAAAUAAUAUAAAAGUUAAUUCUCAUUAAGAUAUUUAUUAAAACAUAUCACAAAUAACUUC